AUGCUGAUCGACAACAUGCUGAACAUCUCCCUCCAAGGCCAAGGCUUUGACAAGUAUCCCGCCAAGUCUCAUGCCAGGCGUGUGGCCGAGAGAUUGCACGCCAAAGAUGGCCUCAUUGUGCUUGCUGCCACCAAGGCGGCCAACUGGCCCAACUCUGAUAUGCCGGCCCCCUUCCGCCAGGACAGAUACUUCUACUACAUGACCGGCUGCAACGAGCCGGAUUGUCUAGUCUCUUAUCAUAUCAAGACCGACAUCCUAGCACUAUGGCUUCCCCCAAUUGACAAAGCCCGAGUCGUGUGGUACGGUCGCGGGUCGACAACUGAAGAGGCAUUGGAGAAAUACGAUAUUGACGAAGCCCAUUAUAUUGAAGCAAGUAAAGCACCGUCCAGCGACUUGUGGACGGACUUCUGGCGAACCGUGGCGAACUCAGCACUGGCUCGCGUCAGAGAGUGGCAUCAAAUUUGGAACCAGGAACUCUCUCCAACGUGUCGAAAUGUUGUUCAGAAGCAUGCCCUGUAUACAACACGCGUCCCAUCACCCGAUGCCCUAUACCACGCAAUAGAUGCUUGUCGCGUCAUCAAGGACGAGCAUGAGAUUGAUCUGAUACGCCGCGCAAACGUCAUUACCGCGGAAGCCCACAUCAGUGUAAUGAAAAGUAUACAUUCAUUCACGAGCGAAGCUGAGGUCGACGCUGCAUAUAUGCAAGUCUGCAUUGCACGGAAGGCCAAGGAACAGGCGUACGACGUGAUCGCUGGCUCCGGUCCAAAUGCAGCUGAACUUCACUACUCGGACAACGUUGCCGACUUUGGAGACGGUCAGACUGUGGUAUUGGAUGCAGGCUGCGAAGUCGAUAGAUACGCUUCGGACGUGACUAGAACACUGCCGAUCAAUGCCAAGUCACCAGGCUGUUGGCCAUCGACGGAGGCUGCGCAAAUCUAUGCACUAGUUGAGAAGAUCCAGGAAUCUUGCAUAGGUCGCAUGAUGCCAGGCAAUCAAUUUAUAGAAAACUACUGGCAUGCGCACGAGAUGGUCGUGGAAGGGCUUCUGGAGCUUGGCAUCUUCACAGGAGGAACUGUGGAGGAGAUCUUCAAAGCUGGUACCUCACGAGCUUUCCUACCCCAUGGACUCGGACAUCAUGUUGGUCUGGAGGUACAUGAUGUUUCGCCGGUUCCACACCCGCCUUUUGUCACAUUCAAUUCCUCGAGCGGGCCCACGCGAAGGCGGACCGAGCUUGUGAUGCAGGAGAAAUUCGCAGAGUGGAAGCCCGAAUGGUCUGAAAGCAGGCUGAGCUCCAAUUGGCUUGCGCCUAUCACGCAGAGCCAGAAUUCUCGACAUAGCAUGCCAUACCUGGAGGCGGCAGGGCUGGAGCCUGGUAUGGUAGUCACCGUGGAACCUGGGAUAUACUUCAAUCGAUAUUUGCUGGACAAUUUCUUCCUGAACAAGAAGGAACAUCAGAGAUACAUUAACAAAGAUGUGCUCGAUCAAUACAUGCAAGUCGGUGGCGUACGCAUUGAAGAUGACAUUCUGAUCACGAGGGACGGCUACGAGAAUUUGACGACGGCACCGAAAGGGAAGCGCAUGCUGGAUUUAAUUCGAAAAAGCGCCGAGGGACCAAGGGCUUGAACUUCCUUUCACCACGAUCGCUCCGAGGCUGGUAAAGCUGCAGUCUGCAGUCACCCGCGACGACGGAGUCAACAAUCUUC